GGGCCCGCGCGGCGGGAGCCAUGGAGCUGCUGCCCCGCAGCCCCGGGGAGUUCGGCACCGCCCGCUACUGGGACCGGUUCUUCCGGCAGCGCGGGCAGCGGGCCUUCGAGUGGUACGGGACCUUCCCGGAGCUCUGCCCGCUCCUGCGCAAGUACCUGCGGCCCCGCGACAAGGUCCUGGUGGUGGGCUGUGGGAACUCGGAGCUGAGCGAGGAGCUGUACGACGUGGGGAUGUGCGAGGACAUCGUGAACAUCGACGUCAGCGCCGCCGCCGUCCGCCGGAUGCGCGAGCGCAGCGCCGGCAGGAGGCCCGGGGUGAGCUACCUGCUGAUGGACGUGCUGCAGAUGGACUUCCCCGAUGCCCACUUCCAGGUGGUUCUGGACAAAGGCACACUGGAUGCCAUCCUCGCCGACGAAGAGGAGGCCACUCUCGCCAAGGGGGACAGGAUGUUUGCCGAGAUCAGCCGGGUCCUGCAGGUGGGAGGGCGCUAUCUCUGCGUCUCCUUGGCUCAAGCCCACGUGCUGAAGAAAGCAGUGGGAUACUUCUCCCAGGAAGGCUGGGUUGUUCGUGUCCACCAGCUGGCUGGCAGUGGGGACAAGCAGCAGUUUGUCCUACCUGUCUUUGUCUACGUCAUGACAAAGUUCAGGAAGAUCCCUGGCUCAGCAGCGCAGAUCCUGGAGAUUUGCCCUGAGGAGCAAGAGAAGCCCAUGCGGGUGGAGAGCGCAGAGCUGCUGGUGGCGGCGGUGAAGGACAGGCAGCAUUAUGCCCUGCUCUGCAGCCAGCUGAGCAAAGCACCCUGCAGGGAGCAGCUUUCCCUGGAUUUGUGUGAUAAGGAGAGCAGGAGGCCUCGCUACACGCUGCAUGUCAUCGACAGCCCCUCCGUGAAACCUUCCCGGGAGAAUCACUUCGCCAUCUUCAUCAUCCCACAGGGCAGAGAAACCGAGUGGCUCUUUGGGACAGAGGAAGGGCGGAGGCAGCUGGCCACCAGCGCGGGCUUCGGGCGCCUGGUCACCGUGGCCCUGCACAGGGAGCAGCACUACGAGGGCAUGGCAGGCAUCCAGGCAGAGCUGUCUGGGAAGGUGAUGGAACUGGCCCCGCCGGGCCUCCCUGCCCGGCAGCAGGUGCCCUUCCUGUCCGUGGGAGGGGACAUCGGGGUGCGGACGGUGCGGCACUGUGACACCAGCCCCUUGAGUGGGGAGUAUGUCGUGGAGGACGUGAAGGGGGACGGCACCUGCUACUUCCGACGCCUCGUUUUCCUCCACAACAGGAACGUGGUGCAGUCAGAGGCUCGGCUCCUGGCCCCUGUGCCUCUCCCAGGCCAGAAGAAACGAAGGAAAGACAAGAAGAAACCCAGCUCCUCUGAGCCACCCACAGCCAUUGACAAGAGCUACCUGUGCUGUGAGCACCACAAGGCCAUGGUUGCAGGGCUUUGCCUGCUGGGAGGCCCUGACCCCCUCCCAGGAAGGCCGGUGGCAGUGCUGGUGGUGGGGCUGGGCGGGGGCAGCCUGCCCCUCUUCAUCCACGACUACUUCUCACAGGCCCACGUGGCCGUGGUGGAGAUCGACCCCUCCAUGCUGGAGGUGGCCACGCAGUGGUUUGGCUUCUCCCAGGGUGACCGGAUGCAGGUGCACGUCUCUGAUGGCCUGGACUACGUGGCCAAGCUGGCAGCAGAAGCCCCAGCCAAGUAUGAUGCCAUCAUGUUUGAUGUGGACAGCAAAGACCUCACGGUGGGGAUGAGCUGCCCACCCCCAGCCUUUGUGGAAAAGCCCUUUCUGCAGAAAGUUAAAACCAUCCUCAAGCCAGAAGGACUCUUCGUGCUCAACUUGGUGUGCCGCGAUGCCCAGCUGAAGGAGUCUGUCUUGGCCACCCUCAGGGAGGUCUUCCCGCUGCUCUACACACGCCACAUCGAAGGGGAGGUUAACGAGAUCCUCUUCUGCCAGCCCAGCCCCCAGGGCCGGUGGGGGCCCACAGAGCUGGGGGCACGUGCCCAGGCACUGGAGGGGGCCCUGCGACAGCCUGGGCGCCCCUGGGACAGCUCGUACGUGCUGGCAGACAUGCUGCAGGCCGUCAAGAUCCUCUGAGAGGCACCCUGAUGCUGCUUACACCAGAGAGGUGUAACCCACCAUGUGGGUGCUGCAGCCUUGCAGUAGAGGGGUGCCUGUGGCUGGGACUGUUAUCCUGUGGGGGGGGGCAGUGCUGGCCUGGGUGUUGCUGAAGGAUGGGACUGGUGUGGAGAGGUGCUCCCACACAGCAUGGCUCCAUGGGAAGGGGUCCAGGACCAUGGGAGGCUGUGCAGCCCAAAGGGCUGCAUUGGGGUGGUGAAGGGGGGACUAAGGUGCCGUGGGACUGGCAGGCCUGUGUUUGGAUCUGUCCCCAUUGCCCUCCCAUUGAGGGAAAAACAUCCUUCCCUCCUGUGCUGCCUCUCCCUGCAUUUCCAGCAUCCCUGAUCACUGUGUGCAAAGUCCCAGCCCUGCCCCAGGCCUGGUUGUGGGGGUGUGUGGGUUGGCUUGAGAGCUGUGGAAAUAAAGUGCUCAGGGCUGUUCUAAGGCCUGUGGAGCUUUGCCAGGCUUAUUUCUGGAGCUCCCAGCACCCCUGGAAAAGGUAUGGUCACCUCUACUCCUCAAGGAGUCCUGGGACCAGGCAGCUGGCCCUUGUACCCUGCUGCCUUCUCCCCACUUGCCUUCCUCAGGCUGAACCUGACCACAUGCCCACUCUUCUGUUUCUCCAACCAUCAGCACUGUCAGCUGGGAUCUGCAACCCCUGGGGCCCCAACCCUUCUUCUCCCUCCUGUCUCCUGGGCCAGCAGGGACCCAGCCUUGGCCACUGACCUGCUCACCCAGCUGGGGCAGGUAAGCCUUCUUGUAGGAUUAAAAGGCAGCAGGGAAACACCCAUCAGGCUGGUCCCGUGGCAGCCUCUUCCUGCCCAGGCAGUUCAUUUUGUCUCUCUCGAGGGUUUCAAGGCCUGGUCCUUCCCUGCAAGGGUUAGCUGAAGAGCUGACCCAUGGAUCCUGGGUGGUUACAGAGUGGCUGACUGGCUGGUGCUCCCAUAUUGAUCAGAAGUGAUUUUUAGGCUGUUUAUCUCCUGCAACAGCUGGUACCAAAGUGACCAGCCUGCAGAUCAUCAAGGUGACAACCAGCUGAAGCUCUGCGGUGCUUUGCCACUGACCCCACACCUUCACCCCAUGCUACCUUCUACCUCCAGUGCGUUGAGGUGAUCAUAUCUUUCUGGCAACUGCUUCCCAACACAAACCCUCCUCAGCUGCCCUCUUGCAGCCCAGGGUGGUAACAACACACCAGAGGCAGCUCUGGGAGGGAUCUGACCCAGCUGUUGGUGCAGAGCUCAUCAUUGCUGCUGAAACCAUCUCACCAGGUUUGCAGCUCGCACCCUGUCCUUCCUCAGCAGGACCCAUGUCUCCACCUGUAGAAAAUCCAGCUUGGUUUAGAAGGCUGAGCAAAAGGGUGCAUGAACCUGAGUGUUUGCAGUUCCCCAGCCCCAUGGGGGCCAUGGAAGGCACACCCCAGGGGCUCUCACACACUGAGCUGCUGGGAACUGUGGCCACCACUGUAAUGCUGGAGAUGGGGCUGAUCGUGCCUGAUCGUGCCCAGGAGGCACUGUGGCAGCUGUGCAGACAGCAAGCAUGUCCCUCUGAUCAGUGGCUGUUGCUAUAUUUUAAUUUUAAUUUGACAGCAGGCUCUGCUUUGGAAACAGCUCUAUUCAGAUCCCUUCUCCAAUGCUCCCUGCCUUCACACAGGGACAAAUCGUGCCCUGCUUUCUCCCUGGGCAGGCCUGUUUCUACACAGAGAGAGCUGAUGCUUUUUUUAAAUUAAGUGGUUUUGAUGGUUCCCAGAUGUUGGAGAGUGGGGCCAGCCUGCUCCCUGCCUCAGAUAAGGGAUGGCAAUGUGGGCACGUGCCCUCGGUAUGUUGCUCACCACUCUGGGCUGCAGCAUGUUUGGGGCAGCACGUGGUCUCUACUCAAUGGGAGAGACAAAGCUGGAGCUCAAGCGGGGUGGAAGCCUGCCUGCCCCCAUGCAGUUAGUUUCUAAAGCUCCUCUGUGAUGAGCACUUUUUUGAAAUGCAUCUGUUACCUAGCCAGCUUUGCAAUGGCAAAUUUCUCAACUGGAUCAGCCAUGCUGCAUUUAGUCUAUUUUUAACUUAGUUUCCAAUUCUCAACCUAAUUCCAAUAGCACAGGUUUGUGCGUGUGCCCUUUAUUUUGAUGAAGCCAUCUCCUUUCUCAUACAGGAGCUCAUACAAAGGCUGUGUUCAUCCCUCCCUUGUCCAGUUCUGCCUUUCUGCUGUGCUUCCUAAUCACUGCCUAACGCCACAUCCUGGUGGGAAAACAAAAGACAUCUAUUAGAAACAAUGCAAGGCUGAAAUCUCAGUUCAUUGCAGCUGUCCUUGCAGCUAUUGGUAGCCCUACGAGUUUGGUCUGGAAAUACAUUUCAGUUUGAAAAUCAGCAAAUUAAUGAGUGCUGCAAAUACACGAAAGAAUUAAUUGCAGGUAAAAGGCUCUGAGGCUGGAAUAAUUGAUGCGUAGUAAAUAUUUUGCUCGUGGCAGACAAAACAUGCAGCUAAUGUAUACGUUUGGCAACUGUGUUUCUGUUGAGUGUUUUGGCAAUAUACUUGUGUUUACAAACCUGCCUCCUCACUCCCUUGGCAGGGUAGGCACGCCAUAAGCAGUGGGAUGGAAACAAGUGCUGCUGUCACUUAGCAACCUCCACUUGCCUCUGAGACGUUGACUUUAUUAAUUUCUGGGGUUUCCAGCACAAAAAGAGACAGCUGCAUAACUCAAGGUAUGAGGCUGUAGCCAGCUGGGGAUGCUUUGGUCUGGUCCAGCCUGAAACCCUCUUACAGCUCUAUGUCCGUGUCCCACUGCUGCUCCAGUGAGCAAGGCACUGCGAACUGAUGGGAGCUGAGUUUCAUCAUCCAGAGCUGUAGGGAUGCAUUGGUCCAGGGUGCUUUGUGGCCAGGCAGCUGGCAGGAUGGUGACACUAGAAAGCAGACAGUGGUGGGGUGUCAGCCCAGGUCCUAGCUCUGCAGAUGGCUCUCAGGUGGAGGUGGGACAUACUGUCAUCAGCUGAAAUUCCAUCAAGCAGCUGGGAGAGAUUUUGCAGUAACAAAAGCUGCAGGGACUGAAGGCUGAGGUUGAUCCCCUGCAGCUGGGAAGAGCUCUGCUGGGGUGAGCCUGGCCCUGCUGGCUGGGGAUGCUGUUGCUCUCCAGGCAUGACAGGGUCACAGCACAGCAAGGGAUGUAACAUCCACGUCCCAGAAGGUGGAAGUACCUGCAAAAUGUUUUUUUCUGUGAAAUCUUUCCUUAGGGAAGAGCUUGGCUUGCCUGGCUUUGGGACCAAGGAAGCAGGUGUUCUGCCAGGCUGCAGCGAGGGAGUCUGGCUCUUUCCUGGGGGUGCUCAGGGCUGCAGGGAAGUGUCUCUGUGGGCUGCAAGGGAGCAUUGUGGCCUUUUUCUACCCUGCAGCUGGAUGCACCUCGCUAGAGGAUGCAGCUGGAGGUCGCAGGGCAGAAGAGAGGCCACUAAUGCCAGAUGGGACAGGGCAUGGGGUGUCACUGUCCUGUGAUCUGUGAGUCAGCAGUGCCCCAGGCUGCAGGGCAGAGGCAGAAAGUGCCUCCCCUUUACAGGGGGAAGUGCUGCAGCCGCUACUUUUCAUGAAAGCUCUGCAGCCGUUCUGGCUUUCUUUCACUGGCUUUAAUUCUAUCUUUUUUUAUCUUUAAGGUCUGAACUCUCCUCCUGGCAGGUGCUGGCCAGCGCCUUUGUGCCUGCACUGCAGAGCCAGGUGCUGCUGAGAACCGGGGAGCUCCCCUGUGCACGGGGCUCCUUGCCCACACCUCCUCCUGCUGCCUGAAAAGCUCAGCAAGACUCCGGGCUUGUAUCUGAAGUAGGAAGCAGGGUUAUUCAUUACAAGAAGCUCUACUGUGGUCUCUGCCAGCACUAUCCAUUUCCUUUCAUUUAGCCACUCUGAAUCCUGACAAAUUCAGAAAGCCAGGCUGGGCUCUGCAUGGGUGUUUGGAACAAGCUGCCUGCAGAAGUCAACUAGAAAAAGCAGGGACCUGAAGGUACGGUUGGGUGCCCUUCCUCCCUGCUCUGUUGGAGCUGCUGGAAAAAUGAGCACCCUCACGACAACAUGAGCAUGCAUAAUGAAAAUGUUCAUGCUUUUUACAGGAGAUGGGAAAUCUAUACUUGGCUGCUCAUGGCUUUUUUUCUGGGAGGGUGGAGAGAAUGGAUUUUUGUAAGUGAGGGAGUCUCAGGAUGAGUGUGCUCACUUAGCAGCUUUAACUCACCUUCAACAGAAAAUAAAAAUAAUUUGGUUUAGAAACUUCCCAGACUUGGGGGAAUAACUCAAACUUUUCCUAAUCAUACAUUUUUUUUUUCCUAUUGUAUUUUGUUAACUGUGGAAGGGAAUAAAGAUGUAAUUAAGAAACCUAA